AUGGUUAAGAUGCAGGAGUGUAUGACCAGAAAUCACGAAGAAACCAGGAAGGACAUGGAUGAGGUUAAGAGAGAGCUUCACCCUUUCCUUCAAAACCCUCAGUUUCAUAAUAAUUCCAUAGCUGGGAUAUAUUUGGAUGAGAAAGGAGAUCUGACAGCUGAUCUGGACAUUUUGAACUGGAUCGUUUUUCCAAACAAAUCUGUUAAGAGAAUGAAAACUGGAAGUCUAGAAAAACAGACAACGCAGGAUUUUAAAGUUACCAUUGACCAGAGGAACGUUGGACAGACCUUACCGACUUCCAGGUGUGUAGAAAGCUGUCAUCCUGGAUUCAUGAAGGUGGUUUUGGAAGGGAAACCCAUCUGUUGCUACCAUUGUCUCCCAUGUCCAGAAGGAACCAUCUCCACCAUGGAAGAUGCUGAAAAAUGCACGAAAUGCCCAGUGGGUCAGCAUCCAAGCAUCAACCGAGAUGGAUGUAUACCUAAGGUUGAAACUUUCCUAUCCUACCAAGAAAUAUUGGGGAUCAUCCUAGCUUCCUUUGCCUUGUUCCUGGUUUUGGCAACAGGUUUCAUCUUCGGAGUAUUCAUUAAAUUUCAAGAAACUCCCAUGGUCAAAGCCAGCAAUCGUGAUCUCUCCUGCAUCCUCCUCAUCUCCCUCCUGUUUUCAUUCUUGACCUCAUUCUUAUUCAUUGGCCAGCCAAGAGUAACCACGUGCCUUGUCCAGCAAACAGCAUUCAGCAACAUUUUUACAGUUGCCAUUUCUACUGUCUUGGCCAAAACUGUCAUGGUGGUGUUAGCCUUCUUGGCCACAAAACCAGGGAGUAAAGUGCAAAGAUGGCUGGGGAAGAGCUUGGCCAACUCUAUCAUACUUUCUUGCUCUGGGGUCCAAGUUGUCAUCUGCAGCAUCUGGUUGGGCACCUCUCCCCCAUUCCCAGAGUCGGACAUGUACUCAGAGUCUUCUCAGGUCAUCCUGCAAUGUAAUGAAGGCUCUGUUGCCAUGUUCUACCUUGCUCUUGGCUACAUGGGUUUCCUGUCUGUCAUCUGCUUCACAAUGGCCUUCCUGGCCAGGAAUCUCCCGGGGGCCUUCAACGAAGCUAAACUGAUCACCUUCAGCAUGAUGGUCUUCUGCAGUGUCUGGAUAUCCUUCGUACCCACCUACCUGAGUACCAAGGGGAAGUAUAUGGUUGCCGUGCAAGUCUUCUCCAUGUUGGCUUCCAGUGCCAGCCUGUUGCUAUUAAUUUUUCUCCCCAAAUGUUACAUUAUUUUCCUAAGACCAGAUCUGAAUACAAAAGAACGUAUGAUGUCAAAAUAAAACAGAAAAUUGAGUUCUCUGUAUGUGUUUCCCAGAAACCAUCAUCUUCUUCAUUUAACGACCCCAUAAUCCCUCACAGGGUGGAGUCCAGGCAACUGAAUGGAGCUAGCAGAGUGUUUACUGGCCGGAUGCCCUUCCAGACGCCAAUUCGGAGAUUUGUUCAGCAGAUAUAUUCUCGUUGUGCCCAGAGAGAGAAAUAUCUGCCUCUAUCUAGGAUCGAACUCACAGCCUCUUGAUUGUGAGGCAAGAGCUCCACCUCCAGGCCACCGCACCACUCAUGUGUUUCCCAGAAAUCUCAGUUAAUAAAUGUACU